AUCCAACCGCCAGCAGCAAGCAAGAAGGAGGUUGACUCGCCUUCCAAGAGCUGAGAUCGGGGAUCGUCAUCUUGGCAUUGAUCCCAUAUAGACGUUUAAAAGAUGCCAAAAUACUAUUGUGAUUACUGCGAUAUCUUCCUGACCCACGACUCGCCCUCUGUCCGAAAAGCACAUAAUGCGGGUUGGAAACACAGAAUGCACGUGCAAAACUACUAUUCAGGCCUUGACCAAGAUCACGUACAGCAGAUAGUCGACAAACUCACUGCCGCAUACGCAGGACUUCCAGGCGCUCCAGAUUUCAAUACGAUGGCACCAAUGGGUGGUCCCUUUGCAAUGAACGGACCUCCCGGUAUGCGGCCACCGUUCAUGGGACGGCCAGGCCCUCCGUUCGGGCCCCCAUUCCGUCCCGGCUUCCCUGGAGGCCCUGGUAUGCCUCCACCCGGAUUUCCACCGGGAGGGCCUCCCCCGUUCGGUAGACCAGGGCCAUUCCCCCUACAGCCUCCGGGAGGCUUCCCACGACCACCGCCUGGAAUGUUUCCCCACCCGCCGCCGUUUGGCGUUCCUCCAGGGGGCCCCGGUGGCCCACCUCCUGGCUGGGCGCCCCCAGGUCCAGGCGGUCCCCAUCACGGUCCAGGCAGUGAGCCAAAUGGUCUGAAUAAACGGCCUUAUGAAGGAGAAUCGGACGAAAUGGUCAAGAGAGUUAAAGCUGAAAUGUAAAAACCCUUUGAAAUCAUGUAAUGUAUAUAAUUUGGGUAAAAGUGGGCUCCACCCGCUGCAGCUAUAGUACAUGCCAACUAUCUAAGUGGGAAAAGCUCAAGUGUCAAUGUUCAACCUUGC